UUGUAGCUUGCCGUAAUGGUCAUGUUUAUACUUUGAAACGUGGAACCAAGGUAGGACGUCCUGCAGCAGAAUUACCAUCACAGCCAAUUGGCUUGCUACGCAGAGACAAAAGUAUUGUUGUUUGCCACAUGGACCAAACUACACUGUUUCAAUAAUAAGGGUAAACGUCUCUGGUCUUUUCACCUACCUGCUCCUGUUAUGUGUAUGGAAACCUUAGAAAUUCGAACUUUAGGCCUCAAACUUACUGCCCUGGGAAUGUUAGAUCAUAGAGUGCUAAUUUAUCGUGAUAAACACCUAGUUGAUACAAUUCACACAGAAGACAGUGUAGCAGCAAUGAAGUUUGGUCGCUUUGGUCGAGAAGACAACUCACUGAUACUAGUUAUGAAAGGUGGAGGGCUUAUCAUCAAAAUACUGAAGAGAACAGCUCGCUUUGAGAUAGAUGACAAUCAGGGACACAUUCAUCCCAGUGCUCUCAAGCUUAAUAUCCCUAAAAAGACUAAAUUAUUUGUUGACCAGACAAUGAGAGAAAGAGAGAACUCAGUUUUGAUGCACAGAGUUUUCCAACAUGAUCUGUAUCGCCUACGUCUCAACACAGCUCGAGCAUACGUGCAAGCUUUGGAGACCAGUAGCAAUCCAGUUUCCCUUUCACAGACAGAGCCUUUAAAACUGUCUGCUCAGGUACUAGGUCUUGGUCCAACUUUCAAAUUGAGAGUAGAGCUGCAAAAUACCUCUGUUUCAGUGCCUUCUCAACAAGUAGCAGUAGUAUUUCACUGUGAUGACCGCAUUUAUACCGUCAACAGAUCUUAUAUUCAGAUUCCAAUGCUUGUGCCUGGGAUCAUUCAUGUUGCAGAAACGCUAGUAACCUGUAUAUCUGAGCUGGGAAUUUCCGACACAGUACGUGUAUUUGUGGUCAAGGGUAAAACAACAAAACCAUUACUUACAGCAGUUAUUAAUAUGCCUGUUGCAGAAGUCUUCAUGGCAUCCUAAAAUCUCUGCUGUGAAAAUUGUGGUCUUAACUAGAUACUUUAAUGACAAGACUUGCCUUUUAUCAGAGAUUAUCAUCAUAAAUUCAAUAUUGUAGACUGAGCAAAACUAUCAUGUUACUUUUGCAAAAUGUAUAUAUGGAGUAGAUAGCAAUAAGAUAAAAGCAGAAUACCGGGUUAAAAAAAAAAAAAAAAAAAAAAAAAAAAAAAAAAAAAAAAAAAAAAACAAAAAAAAAAAAAAAAAAAAAAAAAAAAAAAAACCCUUAAUUCUAAAUGUGAUAAUGAUAAUUUUAUAGACGUACAGUAGACCCUUGACUCACGAACGCAUUGACCCACGUACAACUCG